AUCCAAAUAAGAAACCAUGAAUCAUAAAAUCCAAGACAAACAAAGAAGAAAGGAAGGAAUCUUACACUCUUCGGUGAAAGUGAGGUUUAGGAGAAAUCUCGCUGGAGUUGAAUGAGAUUCUCGUUCUCUUCGGGUGUGAAAGGUUGGGAAUUUGCAGAUGAGGUUUGAUUGUGCUGUUGGAUUGUUGUAAUAUUAUUAUAAUUGUAAUUCAAAACGAUAAAAUUAAGGGCAAACGAGGAUGCCCAGAAGCUUAUCUCGCUCGCCGUCGUAUCGAAGAAGGUACUCUCCGUCGCCUGUCCGUCACCGCUAUAGCAGAAGAAGCAGAAGAGACCGCAGCCGCUCUUCUUAUACCAGGAGAAGAAGUCGUUCCAAUUCCCGCCAUAGAAGUCGUUCGCCAAGUUAUAGGCGUCGAAAAAGUAGGUCUCAAACACCUCAGCGUCAUAGAAGAAGGACGAGUAGGAGUGACUCCUUGUCACCUUCACUGAAGUCUCAAAGUCCAAGCAUUCCAUCAACUGAGCGAAAAAGUGCGAAUGAGAAACUUAAGAAAGAGGAGGAAGAAAAGAAAAGGCGUCAGCAGGAGGCAGAAUUAAGACUACUAGAGGAAGAGACCGCUAGGAGAUUGGAGGAAGCUAUUCAAAAAAAUAUUGAGGAAAGGUUAAGCUCAGAGGAAGUUAGGUUAGAAAUAGAGCGCCGAAUAGAAGGAGGUCGAAAGACAUUGUUUGACAAUGUUGUAGCUCAAUUGGCAAAAGAGAAAGAAGCUGCGCUUGUUGACGCAAGACGGAAAGAAGAACAAGCUCGAAAAGAGAGAGAGGAACUGGAUAAGAUGCUGGAAGAGAAUAGGAGAAGAGUGGAAGAGGCACAGAGAAGCUUAGCUUUAGAGCUGCUGCGAAAAGAGGAGGAGCGCUAUCGAGAAUUGGAGCUGAUUCAAAGACAAAAAGAAGAGGCUGCUCGGAGGAAAAAGCUCGAAGAGGAAGAUGAACGCGCGAACCAGAUGAAGAUGUUGGGUAAAAAAAGAUCUCAGCAGAAAUCUUCCUAUGGAGUUGGAUUAUAAUGUAUUUUUUUCAGAUGCCUUAGCGGAAUGAUGAGCAAUGGCUUGCAACUGAUUUCUGCCAUCUGAGAAUGUGGAUAGAUAUCCUAAUAUCUAGGAGCCGCACCUAUGAGACUAGGCUCCAGUUUAUUGACCCCAUGUUUGGUGUGAUGCAUUUUGUCUUGCAGCCCAACUUUUAUGCCAUUGGAUUUCAACACUUUUCAUCAUGAACUACAUUAGUGCCUGUCAACCUGAAGUUGAGUAUACGCGAUUAUUGCAGCUUGUUUCAACACGGUCACGGUCCCAUGUUAAUACUGCUCUCGAAUUAAUCAUUUCUAUCGAUACUUGUUUUGUAGAGAAAUGAAGUCAUGAAAGUGAUGGAGGCUUUGUGAUUCUUCUCUUGAUGAUAGAGUUAGGUCUCAUAUCAACAUCUAUAUAUGACCAGCUAUUUAUUUUCUAAAAGUUAUUAUGAGUUCAAAUAACAAGCAACACUUAUGACUUCUGCUGCCUUGUACUAUUGCCGAGUCUGGCAGGAACGAUUGGGCUGUUGUUCUACAAUGAUAUGACAGACACAUUCCUUUGUUUU